AUGGCACAUAGUGUAUCACCUAUAUGGAGUGGCAUUUUUUUUGCUCUUUGUGGUGCAACUGGAAUAAUCUGUGCACGUCAAAAAGGUCUUUAUGUGAUAUUAUGCUAUGUAGCAUUAAGUAUUGUCACACUUAUUGUGGAUUGUGUUAACAUUCAACUUUUACGUUUAGGAGUUGUUAAUAUAAUGACUGAUGGACAAGCUUAUUUAAAAGAAGAAAAAGAUGUACUUGUACUUAUUGCAUUAAUUGUAUCAUCAAUUGAAUGUAUUCUUUGUUUAUUAAGUUUAUCUGUUGGUAUACGAUUAUCAUAUGAUGCAGCUAAUAGAAAAUUUCGUAAACGAGAAGGUGCAUUUUUUGUACAAGUACUUUCAGAAAAAGAAAUUGUUGUUGUAUCAAAAGCACCAUCAUCAAAACAAUCUGGUUCUCGUCAUGAAUCGGUUCAAUCAUUUGAUCAAACAUCGACAUGA